UUAGGAUUUGUGAUUGGUCGGAAGACAGUCACAAGACUGGAACGAAAGAAAUACUGUACUGUUUAGCUUUUGCAAUCUGAGUCUGCGCUCCAGGGAAAAUGAGUGAGUCCUUAGUAGUGUGUGAGGUGGAUGGAGACCUGGUGAAGAAGCUACGAGAGUUUCGCUUUAGAAAGGAAACUAACAAUGCAGCCAUCAUCAUGAAGAUUGACAAAGAAAGGCAGCUGGUUAUCUUGGAUGAGGAGCAUGAGGACAUUUCCCCUGAUGAGCUGAAGGAUGAACUGCCUGAAAGACAGCCCAGAUUUGUAGUGUACAGUUAUAAAUACCAGCAUGAUGAUGGAAGAGUGUCUUAUCCUCUUUGCUUUAUCUUCUCCAGUCCAGCUGGGUGUAAACCGGAGCAGCAGAUGAUGUAUGCUGGGAGCAAGAAUAAACUUGUGCAGACAGUCGAACUGACAAAGGUCUUUGAGAUCAGGAACACGGAGGACCUGACUGAAGAGUGGCUGAGGGAGAAACUGGGCUUCUUUCGUUAGGAGCAUCUGAAACCCGCUCAACGGAGUUGGGGAAACGAUGACCAAGAUAUCGUACGUCGCCUCCAAGAGGAGAUUAAACCAUUGUCCAUUUAACACUUUGUGUGUGUGUGUGUGCACGUGUGUGUGCGCGUGUGUGUGCGUGUGCACGUUUUUGGAAGACCCUACCCGAGCUAACCAGUUCCAGAUUUUCACAGAUCACAUGAAUGCAAUGUUCAAAAAAUGCAACCAUGAAUACGAAUUCCUUUGCUACAUGCAUUUUGUAGCUUGAAGCCUUUUAUACAGGUGUGCUAAAAUGCCCUCCCCUUUACCAGAUCUAGAACUCACCAUGCAGUGGUCAUUUAGCUUGAGACAUUGCAGCUCAGCUUGCUAGAAUCAGGAGGUGGUACACAAGGGCAUGAAUAGGGGUAAUUAUUUUUUAGAGAGAUUUGGUUCAGUGUUGUUGCCAUUAAAUGUUUUACCAUCCAAGUCCCUGUGUAGUCACCUGACUUACACCAGGGUGGAACAUAUUCCUUUUUUGAUAUGAUGCUUUUUCUAGGUCUUUUAUUGUGAAGUUCGGAUUGUUUCGUAUCCUGCGGCUGCAAAUCUAAACAUGAGGCAUGGACACUGUGGCAGAGAUGUGGAGGGGUAGUUGUGUAUCUAGAAAGAAUUCAGAUCAGGCUCUGGAAUUUGCAACUAAUGAAGAUCAGUUUGCAAGUUUGUGCAGAUCUGUCUGGAUUUGGGGAAUCUGGAUGUCAAGGUGGUUCCUGCAUAGAGCUAUAAACAAAAUUAGUCUGGAGACAAUUGUGGUUUUACCUGCCAGCAGUGCUGCUUUAAGUGUGAGCGUGCAUGUCUGUGUGUGUAUAUUAGCUUGGAUGAGAUUUUGUUCUGAGUCCUAAAGAGUUAAAUCUGUUUUAUGGGCUAUGAUGUAUCACAUUCUUUUUGCUGUGACAAAAUAAAAGCAGGUCACAGUCAGUUCUUUGAUAUUACUUAUCUAUUGACUUUUAUUUCUGCAAAAUACUAUAACAUUCAUAUACACACACACACAAAUCCAUAAUGAGGACAAAUGCUAGCUCCAGUUUCAAUCUUGCUGAUUCUCUUCAGCGUAGAUGGUUAUUGGCAUUUGGUAAUUAGUUUUAAUGUAAAUAUACACGCAGUUAUUGGCUUUUAUCUCUUAAAACAUCUGUCAAACAGUAAGUCCCCUCUGUUAAUAGAAGUGCAUUGCCUAGUUCUCUAGGACUCUGAUCUGAUUUUAAUAUCGUAACUGGUAAAUGUGGCCGUGGUUUUUGUUCUUCACCAGGCUUGGUUAAGAAGUGGGAGCACUGGAAGUGAUAAUGACUAGUGUCUGGUCCUUUUAUUAGUUUUCAUUUAUCAGUGUCAUGUAAGCUGUACUUCAUGGUGAAUUGAAUAUGCUUGUGUGUGUGUGUGUAAGUAAAAUGCAGCACACCAGGAUAUGUGAGACUGCUUUUCAGAUUGGAUACACCCUGCUCUUUACUGAAUUAUUUCAAUUGUUGUUUGUCAUAAACAGUCCUUGGGACCUGCCAAAAUGUGCUCUAACCAAACUCUCAGUACACCUGCACCACAAAUUCAGUGUUCUUAUUGGCUUGGUUCAGAUGUGUUGCAUGCUGGGAGUGCAUAAAAUGGGGGGGGGGGGGGGUGUAAAGUUAGUGGAGUCCUUUUUAGUAUGCUUUAUUCUAAUAUGCACACAGAUAUAAACUGAACAGUUGAAGUUUGUGCCAUUAUUAUUAUUAUUAUUAAUUAGUUGAAUGAACUCAAGUAAUUAACAGUAGAUAUACUUAUAGGAUAUCAAAAUACAGAAUGAAAUGCUGUACUGCUACAUAGUGAAGAGACAGUGCAAUAGGGAUUGAUUGAGGGUAUGACUUGUGCUUUGCUUUGUAAGAGGUCAGAUGGUGGUUGCUGCAAAUAAAAUCUGAAUCGGGCUUUGUGUGGGCAUGUGGAUAAAAGAUGCACUCUAAAUCUGUUGUGUUCCCACAACAGAGCUGUUAUCAGUAGAUUCCAGCUAAAGUUACCAUAGUCUGUUUGAGUAACUAUUAUGCUGCUAAACUGACAUGCAGUCCCAACAGUCUAAUAUGGAGUUGAGAGUACCUGUAUGAAAGCUACAUAAAUAUAGACACACACACACACACAUACAGCUUGUUCUACUCACGGUUUUAGAGAGCAAAUCAACUGCAUUCUGCAUCUCUUAACAGUCCGAUAUUCACUCUUAACCUUAUGUCUUUGGAAUUUUUGAAACAAAUUAAAAUGAUGAAAAUAAGGUGUAAACUAGCGUGGAUGAAUAAGGGUAAUCUUAACCAUAAUAAUUGCUCACUACUAAAUACCACGCACUGUUUAAAAUGUUAGCAUUUCUUGUAAUAACUCUUCUUAGCUAGAGGACCACUGAGCAGUUCAGAUAGUCAAUUAAUCUGACAGGUGGCAGGAAGAUGAGACAGGGACACUCCACCCAUCUGUACCACUGGCUUCUCUCUACAGAGCUUAUUUUGGUGUCAGUGUGAUGUCACUGCAUUCUGAGUAGCUGUUCUUGUUGUAAUCAGUCUGUACUCCUGUGUACUCUUCUAUUAAAACAAAUGUAUGUUUUAUUUUUCAGUGUUUCUAAGGUUUUUAAAAUCAAAUGUAAUAUGUACAAUUUUUCAUUUUGCCAUGUUAAGUAUAAGAGUGUUGAAUAUUUGUAAUUUUUCAUGGUUUAUAUGAUCUUAUCCACUGUUCCCAAUAAAACUUCAGUCACCACA